AUGUUAUCUAAGAAGUGGGCUUUGGCGGUUCUGCUGCUGCGGCUCUGUGGUGCUGGCUGUGGAUUCUGUGGAAAGGUUCUGGUAUGGCCCGUGGACAUGAGCCAUUGGCUUAAUGUAAAGACCAUUCUAGAGGAACUCACAAAGAAAGGACAUGAGGUAACAGUGCUGACUUUUCCACAUACUCAGCUCAUAGACUACAGGAAACCUUCCCCACUGAACUUCGUGGUUUUACAUCCUGAAUUUCCAAAAGAAUUCAUGGAGAAAGCACAAAACAAAUUUGUUGACGUAAUUUUGAAUGACUUGCCAAACUUAACACCCUGGCAAUCCACAGUAAGACUGAAUGAUGUUGUUAUUGAAGUAACUGAAAGUGUAAAAAUGCUGUGUGAGAGUGCAGUCUACAAUCAGACACUCAUGAAGAAGCUCCAAGGAACCAACUACGAUGUAAUGCUUAUAGACCCUGUGAUGCCCUGUGGAGAGCUUGUGGCUGAAUUGCUUGCAGUCCCUUUUGUGCUCACAUUAAGAGUGUCUAUGGGAGGCAUGAAGGAGAAACACUGUGGGAAACUUCCCACUUUCCCUUCCUAUGUUCCUGUUCAGAUGGUGGGACUUACCGACCGAAUGACCUUUCUGGAAAGAGUAAAAAAUACAAUGCUUUCCAUUUUCUUUGACUUAUGGAUCCGGGAUUAUGACAUUCAUUUUUGGGACCAAUUUUACAGUGAGGCAUUAGGAAGACCAACUACAUUAUGUGAGACUCUGGGGAAAGCUGAAAUUUGGUUAAUUCGAACAUACUGGGAUUUUGAAUUUCCUCGUCCAUACCUACCUAAUUUUGAAUUUGUUGGAGGAUUACACUGCAAACCUGCCAAACCAUUGCCUAAGGAAAUAGAAGAAUUUGUCCAGAGCUCAGGCAAAGAUGGUAUUGUGGUGUUUUCUCUGGGUUCAGUCAUCCAAAACCUCACAGAAGAAAAGGGCAAUCUUAUUGCCUCAGCCCUUGCCCAGAUUCCACAGAAGGUUUUAUGGAGAUACAAAGGGAAGAAACCAGCCAAAUUAGGAGCCAACACUCAGCUCUUUGACUGGCUACCCCAGAAUGAUCUUCUUGGUCAUCCAAAAACCAAAGCUUUUAUCACUCAUGGUGGAAUAAAUGGGAUCUAUGAAGGUAUUUAUCAUGGAGUCCCUAUGGUGGGAAUUCCCAUGUUUGCUGAUCAGCAUGAUAACAUUGCUCACAUGAAGGCCAAAGGAGCAGCUGUGGAGGUGAACAUGCACACAAUGACAAGUGCUGAGUUGCUCAAGGCCGUGAGAACAGUCAUUAAUGAUCCUUCCUAUAAAGAGAAUGUGAUGAGAUUAUCAAGGAUUCACCACGAUCAACCUGUAAAGCCUCUAGAUAGAGCCGUCUUCUGGAUUGAGUACGUCAUGCGCCACAAAGGAGCCAAACACCUGCGGCCAGCCUCCCAUGACCUCAGCUGGUUCCAGUACCACUCUUUGGAUGUGAUUGGGUUCCUGCUGGCCUGUGUGGCAUCUGCUAUAUUCUUGAUCACAAAAUGUUGUUUAUUUUCUUGUCGAAAAUUUGGUAAACCAAGAAAGAGGAAAAAGAGAGAAUAG